AUGGCCUCUUCGGCGGCCAAAUCCUUAUUCGGGAAGUAUGAUGUCGGAAAACUCCUCGGCUGCGGCGCUUUCGCUAAGGUGUACCAUGCUAGGGACAUCAAAAAUGGUCACAGCGUUGCUAUUAAGGUAAUCAAUAAGCAUAAAAUCGCUCAUAACGCUCAUCUUGUGUCGAACGUGAAGCGCGAGAUCGAUAUUAUGCGGCGGCUCCGGCAUCCGAACAUUGUUAAAUUGUAUGAAGUUAUGGCGACGAAGACGAAGAUCUAUUUCGUGAUGGAGUUUGUUAAAGGCGGUGAGUUGUUCGCCAAGGUUGCGAAAGGUCGUUUAUCUGAAUCGCAUAGCCGGAAGUACUUUCAACAAUUGAUCUCUGCCAUCGGAUAUUGUCAUUCUCGUGGAGUUUAUCAUAGAGAUCUGAAACCUGAGAAUCUCCUCAUCGACGAGAACGGAGAUCUGAAGGUUACGGAUUUUGGGUUGAGUGCUGUUACAGGUCAGAUCCGAGCCGAUGGCUUGUUACAUACACUGUGUGGCACGCCAUCGUACGUCGCACCGGAAAUUCUCACGAAGAGAGGGUAUGACGGAGCGAAGGCGGAUAUCUGGUCAUGCGGUGUCAUCCUGUUCGUGUUGAACGCUGCUUUCCUGCCGUUCAAUGACGCAAACCUCAUGAUGAUGUAUAAGAAGAUCUACAAAGGCGAAUACAAGUGCCCUAAAUGGAUGUCACAUGAUCUCAAGCGGUUUUUAUCUCGUCUUCUUGACACAAAACCAGAGACGAGGAUCACCGUCGAUGAGAUCAAAACCGAUCCGUGGUUCAGGAAAGGAUACAAAGAAUUAAAGCUAGAAGACGACAUACAAAUUGUCGGCAGACCAGAAGAAGACGAUAAAUCAACGUCGUUGAACGCCUUCGAUAUAAUAUCAUUUUCCUCCGGUUUAAACCUCUCUCCUUUGUUUGAUGGCACAAGUUGCUCACCGGGAAAAGGUGAAAGGCUGGUGGUGGCCGAGUCGCCGGAGAAAAUCAUCGAGAAAGUUGAGGAGAUUGUAAAGGAGGCAAACGUGAGGAUCCAGAAACGAAAGGAAUGGGGUGUCGAUUUGGUAAACCGGAAUGGUAAGUACGCAAUCGGAUUGGAGGUUUUCCGGUUGACGGAAAACUUAGUGGUGGUGGAGGUUCAAAGUAGCGGUGGAGGUACAGAUUUCUACGAUGAGUUGUGGAAUAACAAAAUUAGAUCGGAGUUGUUUGAUCGGCGGCAUGUACAGGUACCGACAACUAGUGGCUCGCCGGCGGGGUACGUGUCGGAAAUGUUGUAUGGGCUUUGUGAUGCUACAACAAGAAAUAAAGAAAGCUGA